AUGACGUCAUACCAAGGGAGAUCAAUUUCCGAAAUGGUUUCGCUGAUACUUUCUGUGGCCCUUAUGCAAUGCUUUGACCCCGAGUUGCAGAUGGUUUCCGUCGAACGUAUCGUCCAGUACACGGAGUUGGAGUCGGAGCAUGACAGCGUCGCUCCGUUGGUAGAUGUACCGAAAUCGUGGCCUUCCGAAGGGCAUGUCACGAUUACGAACAUGUUCCUGAAAUAUAAUGAAGGCGAAGAUGGCGACUUUGUUCUCAAAAAUAUAUGUCUUGAUAUUAAGCCAAAGGAAAAGAUUGGUAUUGUUGGUCGUACUGGAGCUGGCAAAUCUUCUCUGCUUCGCGCUUUAUUCCGCCUUACUCCUCCCGUAUCAGGGAACAGUAAUGAUUGA